CAGAUCACGCAACCCGAGUUUGGCAGCUGGCGUGGUCUACAGCGGGAAGCCACCACUGGACCAAGUGUCGCGCUGGUGUCUGGUGAGCCUGGUUCCUCGGAGGAAAACCAGACGCAGGAACAAAAUGUUCUGGUCGGCGAACUGGGCCAGUUCUUGGAAGAGUGCAACGUGGCUACCGGUGAUAGUUGGGACAACAUGCCCCACUAUGUGGGCGGUGAUCUGCUGCCGCAGCUAAACCUGCCCGCUUGUCUUCCCUCAAUGAUUCAUCAGCCGGUGGCCCGCUUCACUGUAAAAGAUCCCAAUCUUCUGGCCCCACCAGAAUUCAUGACCCCGCGUAUGUAA